AUGGAUGCUCUUAUCGCUGGAUUAGAUGGAACUGCCGACUAUCUCGACGACAUAUUGGUUACUGGUAGAACCGUCGGCGAACACAAUGCCCGACUAGAGGCCAUAUUCAAGCGGAUUCAAGACUACAGAUACCGCGUUCGACUCGAAAAAUGUGCUCUCCUGCAGAAGGAGAUCACCUUCCUUGGAUUCGUCAUCAACGCCCAAGGACGACACACCAGAAAAGAUCACAGCUAUCCAGAAGAUGCCCGCUGCGAAGGACGUCAGUCAACUUCGCUCUUUUCCGGGACUCAUCAAUUUCUACGGAAACUUCGUCAAGGAUCUUCACAAUCUACGCGCUCCUUUGGACACUCUUACGAAAAAGGAUGUUGUCUACACAUGGACACCGGAGUGCCAGUCUUCUUUCGACAUUAUGAAGGCAAUUCUAAGCUCGGAUCUCCUGUUGACCCAUUUUGA